CUCGGGCAGCCCCGGCCCGCGCCUCCCGUCCCCCCGCCGCCCUUGGGUUUCUGCUCCCAGAGCCGCGAACGCCCGGCCGAGGGGUGCCGGGGCGCUGGCGCCGAGCCCGCCGCGAUGGAAUAAUGCCCAGCCGCCCGCCCGGUCCCGGUAAUUUUCUGAUGUGACGGCUGAGACAUGAGAUCUUCAGCCUCCAGGCUCUCCAGUUUUUCGUCAAGAGAUUCACUAUGGAAUCGGAUGCCGGACCAGAUCUCCGUGUCCGAGUUCAUCGCCGAGACCACCGAGGACUACAACUCGCCCACCACGUCCAGCUUCACCACGCGGCUGCACAACUGCCGGAACACCGUCACGCUGCUGGAGGAGGCUCUAGACCAAGAUAGAACAGCCCUACAGAAAGUGAAGAAAUCUGUAAAAGCAAUAUAUAAUUCUGGUCAAGACCAUGUACAAAAUGAAGAAAACUAUGCACAAGUUCUUGAUAAGUUUGGGAGUAAUUUUUUAAGUCGAGACAACCCCGAUCUUGGCACUGCUUUUGUCAAGUUUUCUACUCUUACAAAGGAGCUGUCCACACUGCUGAAAAAUCUGCUCCAGGGUCUGAGCCACAAUGUGAUCUUCACCUUGGAUUCUUUGUUAAAAGGAGACCUAAAGGGAGUCAAAGGAGAUCUCAAGAAGCCAUUUGACAAAGCCUGGAAAGAUUACGAGACAAAGUUUACAAAAAUUGAGAAGGAGAAAAGAGAGCAUGCAAAACAGCAUGGAAUGAUUCGCACAGAGAUAACAGGAGCUGAAAUUGCAGAAGAAAUGGAGAAGGAAAGGCGUCUCUUUCAACUCCAAAUGUGCGAAUAUCUCAUUAAAGUUAAUGAAAUCAAGACCAAAAAGGGUGUGGAUCUGCUGCAGAAUCUUAUAAAGUAUUAUCACGCACAGUGCAAUUUCUUUCAAGAUGGCUUGAAAACAGCUGAUAAAUUGAAACAGUACAUUGAAAAGCUGGCUGCUGAUUUAUAUAAUAUAAAACAGACCCAGGAUGAAGAAAAGAAACAGCUAACUGCACUCCGAGACUUAAUAAAAUCCUCUCUUCAACUUGAUCAGAAAGAAGUAGGUGAUUUAUAUGUUUCCAACAGAGUUAACAGCGAUUCCCAGAGCCGGCAAGGAGGAUACAGCAUGCAUCAGCUCCAGGGCAAUAAGGAAUAUGGUAAUGAAAAGAAGGGGUACCUGCUAAAGAAAAGUGACGGGAUCCGAAAAGUAUGGCAGAGAAGGAAGUGUGCCAUUAAGAAUGGGAUUCUGACCAUCUCCCAUGCCACAUCUAACAGGCAACCAGCUAAGUUGAACCUUCUCACAUGCCAGGUGAAACCAAAUGCCGAGGACAAGAAGUCUUUCGACCUGAUAUCACAUAAUAGGACAUAUCACUUUCAGGCAGAAGAUGAGCAGGAUUAUGUAGCAUGGAUAUCAGUAUUGACGAAUAGCAAAGAAGAGGCCCUAACCAUGGCAUUCCGUGGAGAGCAGAGCACAGGCGAGAACAGUUUGGAAGAUCUGACAAAAGCCAUUAUUGAGGAUGUCCAGCGGCUCCCUGGGAAUGACGUCUGCUGCGAUUGUGGCUCAUCAGAACCCACCUGGCUUUCAACCAAUUUGGGUAUUUUGACCUGUAUAGAAUGUUCUGGCAUCCAUAGAGAAAUGGGAGUUCAUAUUUCUCGUAUUCAGUCUUUGGAACUAGACAAAUUAGGAACUUCUGAACUCUUGCUGGCCAAGAAUGUAGGAAACAAUAGUUUUAAUGAUAUUAUGGAAGCAAAUUUACCCAGCCCUUCACCAAAACCCACCCCUUCAAGUGACAUGACUGUACGGAAAGAAUAUAUCACUGCAAAGUAUGUAGAUCAUAGGUUUUCAAGAAAGACCUGUUCAUCUUCAUCAGCUAAACUGAAUGAAUUGCUUGAAGCCAUCAAAUCCAGGGAUUUACUUGCACUAAUUCAAGUCUAUGCAGAGGGGGUAGAGCUAAUGGAACCACUGCUGGAAUCUGGACAGGAGCUUGGGGAAACAGCCCUUCAUGUUGCAGUCCGAACUGCAGACCAGACAUCUCUCCAUUUGGUUGACUUCCUUGUACAAAACUGUGGGAACCUGGAUAAGCAGACAGCCCUGGGAAAUACAGUCCUACAUUACUGUAGUAUGUACAAUAAACCUGAGUGUUUGAAGCUUCUUCUCAGGAGCAAGCCCACUGUGGAUUUCGUUAACCAGGCUGGAGAAACUGCCUUGGACAUAGCAAAGAGAUUAAAAGCUACACAGUGUGAAGAUCUGCUUUCCCAGGCUAAAUCUGGAAAGUUUAAUCCACAUGUUCAUGUAGAAUAUGAGUGGAAUCUUCGACAGGAGGAGAUGGAUGAAAGUGACGAUGAUCUGGAUGACAAACCGAGCCCAAUCAAGAAAGAGCGCUCUCCCAGACCUCAAAGCUUCUGCCACUCUUCCAGCAUCUCCCCCCAGGACAAGUUGGCACUGCCAGGAUUCAGCACUCCAAGGGACAAACAGCGGCUCUCCUACGGAGCCUUCACCAACCAGAUCUUUGUCUCCACAAGCACAGACUCGCCAACUUCGCCAACCACAGAGGCUCCACCUCUGCCUCCUAGAAACACCGGCAAAGGUCCAACUGGCCCACCUUCAACACUCCCUCUAAGCACCCAGACCUCUAGUGGCAGCUCCACCCUAUCCAAGAAGAGGCCUCCUCCCCCACCACCCGGACACAAGAGAACCCUAUCCGACCCUCCCAGCCCACUACCUCAUGGGCCCCCAAACAAAGGCGCAGUUCCUUGGGGUAAUGAUGUGGGCCCAUCAUCUUCGAGUAAGACGACAAACAAGUUUGAGGGACUGUCUCAGCAGUCAAGCACCAGUUCUGCAAAGAGUGCCCUUGGCCCAAGAGUUCUUCCUAAACUACCUCAGAAAGUGGCUCUAAGAAAAACAGAAACCAGCCAUCAUCUCUCCCUAGACAAAGCCAACAUCCCACCCGAAAUCUUUCAGAAAUCGUCACAAUUGUCAGAAAAGCCACCUCCUGGAGACCUGCCCCCAAAGCCCACAGAACUGGCCCCCAAGCCCCAAGUUGGAGAUUUGCCACCUAAGCCAGGAGAACUGCCCCCCAAGCCACAGCUGGGUGACCUGCCACCCAAACCCCAGCUCUCAGACUUACCUCCCAAACCACAGAUGAAGGACCUGCCCCCCAAACCACAGCUGGGAGACCUGCUGGCAAAAUCCCAGACUGGAGAUGUCUCACCCAAGGCUCAGCAACCCUCCGAGGUUACGCAGAAGUCACACCCAGUGGAUCUCUCCCCAAAUGUGCAGUCCAGAGAUGCCAUCCAAAAGCAAGCAUCUGAAGACUCCAAUGACCUCACACCCACUCUGCCAGAGACGCCCAUACCACUGCCCAGAAAAAUUAAUACGGGGAAAAAUAAAGUGAGGCGAGUGAAGACUAUUUAUGACUGCCAGGCAGACAACGACGACGAGCUCACAUUCGUCGAGGGAGAAGUGAUUAUUGUCACAGGGGAAGAGGACCAGGAGUGGUGGAUUGGGCAUAUUGAAGGACAGCCUGAAAGGAAGGGGGUCUUUCCAGUGUCCUUUGUUCAUAUCCUGUCCGACUAGCAAAAAGCAGAACCUUGAGAUUGUCCACAUCCUUCAUGCAAGACUGCUGCCUCCAUGUAAUCCUGUGCACAAUGUGUAUAUAGCUGCUGUUACAGAAUAUGAAACUCACGGAAGGGCCACCUCAGGAGGGGAAUAUAGUAUGUGUUGUAAAUAUCCUGUGGUUUUCUGCCUUUGCCAGUAUUAGGAUAACUUUGGGACCCGGCGCGCCUUACUGGUUUGCCAAAGCCAUCCUUGGCACCUAGCACUUACAUCUCUCUAUCUGUCCUGUUUUACAAGCAAACAAACGAAAACAGGAGUUUAGGAACUGCUGGCUUUGCAAACAGAAAUGAUCUCCAGCAACUGUUGAAAGGCCAUAGAAUUGAGACUCUGUUCCUAACAAUGCAGUAUUCUCAAUUGUGUUACUGAAAAUGCAACAUUAGCGAAGAGGUGGGUUCUGUUUUCCAGGUAAAACUUUUAGCUCCAUGACAGACCAGCCUGUAGUUUUCUGUGUAUGCAGUUUACAGCUACAAAAACCUACUUUGGUAUUUAUUACAGAAAAGUGCUCAGUUAAACGUGUCACUCCUUCAGCAAAAUAUUCACUGACCCAAAACUCUUUGUGGCAUUUUACAAUGCACACAUCCUCAUGCAAGUUUAGACAAGUGGAUUUAUACUGUUCUAUGAUGAUGAGUGCCCACCCCUGAGAUAUUACCUCAUUCUGCAGAAAUAACAUAUCCUUCAUGACUAUUUUGACAAAAGUUUAAAACACGUCUGAUGAAGUUCAACUUUCAGGAACCAAGGACUGCCAGAAAAUAUUAGCCUCUACAUUAUGCAUGCAUUUAGAAGCUUACCUGAAAUCUGCCUUUUAUAAAGGAAUAGUAUGGAUAAGUUGAACUGUACAUUUUUUAAACUUGAUUGCCAUUAAAGCAGAAAUUAUAAGGUUGCAACAAUAUUUGUUUCUAGUCAGUCAUUUGGCUUUCUCAAGAGUAUGGAUUUACAUAUGAUAUUAUGAAUCAGCAUCCCUCAAAUGCGUUGAAGCAUCAAUACAUCAAUUUUAAAUUAUUUUCUUAGUUUGUUCUUGGAUAAAUUUAAACUUUUCAGAGAUAAAAGAUACAGAAUUUAAACAUCAGCCCUUCACACAGUUUCCUCAAUGUAGAAUCCAGGUGCUGAAACCAAGCUUUUCUUUUCCCAUGCUGUUUAUUAAACCCCAAUUAUAGAUAAGUUUUUCAAUCUUAAGCUCUAUCCAAUAGACAUAUAUCACCUUCAAGUCAAUUCAUAACCCAGUUUCCGAAUGCUGCUAUGAAUUGCACUGUGAAAAAGCACUCUUCCUGCAAGAAGUCUCUCCCUCUCAGUUUUUUUCAUCCCAGCCCUGUUUAUCAUACCAUUAAGAACAUUGUGAGUAUUCCGGCCUUUUACAUCAGUCUGAAUUUUGGAAAAGAAUACAGUAGUUGCACUCCACAGUCAGUGGAGUUUUCUGAUUCCUAGGCUCAUGUGUGGUUCUGGCAUUACAUCUGCUUAAUCUGCUAUUUAAAACUGAAACAGCACAGAAAACUAAUAUUUUUAAGCAGAUAAUCUUGGCAAUGAGUGAGAAAUGUUAAUUUCACAGAAGCACAACUCCCAGCCAAACGCUUAGGAAAAGCCGUCUUUCAUAGUCACAGUGCUCAGUGAAUAUUAAUUUAGUUCUGCUUAAGUGGUUACUAUGAAAACUUUGAAUAGCCACCUAAUAAAUAAACCUUGCAUGACAAACCUGCAAAAUAUUUUAUCAGCUGUUAUUGGAAAGUGAUUUUAAGCAACUGCUUCCUCAGUGCCAGGGCACAUGUGCAGUCCCACGCCACACCAAGAGCAUGAGGAACCAGUCGACGUGCUUGGUGGGUGACUGGCAGCGUUAGCAGCCUCGCUAUUUAAGCCACACUGGUAUCAGGACAGGAAGUUAGCAUCUGAAGUUGUUCAGCGUCGCUGUUCAUUCACUUACGUGUUUUAAGUUGCAUUACAAAGCUGUUAAUUUUUGUGGCCUAGACUAUUGUCAACUGAUCUCAAAAUAAACUGGUUUAAAAAAAAAAAAAAAACACAAAAGCUACAUGUCUAAAA